AUGGAGAAAGAUAUCACAGAGUACAGACAGCUAUAUGGAAGAGACAUGACCUUGAAAACAUUAAUGAAAAAGGUGGGUAAUAUGAAGACAAGACUGAAGAAGAAAACCGACAAGAACAAAACGGCACAACUUUCAACACAACCAGCAGAAAAAACUGGCAAACGAAAGACGGCAACAACUGAAGAAGGAGUACAUGAAACCGAGGAAACGAGAAAACUAUCUAACAGUCAACUUCAGCGGUGGAGAAAAUCUAAAUUUGAAUUCACACCGACAGGGAAAGCUACACGGCACUGUACAUGGUUAUGGUCACGGGCAGGGAUAUACGGCUUUACAUAUGGAGGUAUAGGUCGAUAUCCAUAUUUUAAUGACUGGACAGGACCUUGGCUAGGACCUGGAUAUGUGAAGGAACAAGAAAAUGACAAAAUUAAUGGCCAUUAUAACGGAUAUUGGCAAGAUCAUUGGAACUUAAGUGGACACGGAUAUCAUGGAAACGAACAUUUUCAAAAAGAUGGAAAAAUACAAGAACAUGGAGUCGUACGUGUAGAGGAGAAUGCUGAAAGACCAGAUGUACAAGUAAAAUCAAAUGUAGUAGAUGAAUUACAAAAUGUUCAUAUUCAAGAUAAUGUAAAUGUACAAGGAGAUAUUCAAGAUCAUAAAACUAAUGAACAUAAAGAACAUCAUGGAAAAUUCGAAGCUCAUAGAACGGAUAAAGAUAAAGCACAAGGUCAUGGAAAUUUAGUAGAACAUAUUCAAGGUCAUGGCAAUGGACAAGAUCACGGAAACCUAGUAAAACAUAUUCAAGCUCAUGGAGCCGGUAAAGCACAAGGCCAUGGGAACUUAGUAGGACAUAUUCAAGCUCAUGGAACUGGUAAAGCACAAGGUCAUGGAGAUCUAGUAGGGCAUAUUCAAGCUCAUGGAACGGGUGAAGCACAAGGUCAUGGAAAUUUAGUAGGACAUAUUCAAUGUCAUGGGAAUGGACAAAGUCACGGAAAACUAACAGGGCAUAUUCAAGACCAUGUCAAUGUACAUGAUCAUGGAAACCUAGUAGGAUAUAUUCAAGGUCAUGUCAAUGGAAAAAGUAAUGAAAACCUAGUAGGAUAUAUUCAAGCUCAUGUCAAUUGA